GAUGUAUUGAACAUGAUGGACCGCAGUUCGUCGAUGCCAGUCGGGGGCACCAGCGCGACUCGGGGCUGAUCAUCUUUCUCGUGGUUCACGUCAAUGGUGAAGGUCGUGAGAGUCGUGUGGAUUAUGCUCUUAGGACGUACAUCCGGCCAUCAUACCACUGCCCUCUUCAGGAGCAGCUGGCUUGGCACAGACCGCGUCAAGAGUGUCAUUUGGAUAUUCGUUCAGCCUGCACUACCCUCUCGAUCGGAGCCAGUGUCACCGUUGAGCUCGCAAUGUCGGAUGCUUACUGCGGCACCGGUGAACUUUAUCUGGGCACGGAGCUCGCCGGCAUCACAUUCGAAGUCGUCAUACGGAUCUAGCGUGCCGUCACGGCGGAGCAGAGCCCACGAUUUGCAUAUGGGCUGGAUAAACAGCGUGAAGUACGACGAGACACCCGAGAGGCGACUUCGGUGGAGCACAGCAGGGCCGUAUCGCCCUUUGUUGACAACCUUCGCACCAUUUGCUUCGUCGAUGGCAAGAACGACUCUUGACAGGAAUGGCUGCUCUCGUUUGUACGGUGCAAGCUGCCAGUCUGUCUGCGAACUUUGCGUCAAGCACAGCGCUGUGUUUGCUGCUCACUGAUGUACACACUAAGCUAUGUAUGACGUGUGUUCGAAUGUUGUACGUAGCAUAGCUGUAGGUUCACAUAUAGUUGAC